AGACGCCGGCCCGACGGCCACGGACUUUGAACGAUGUCAAGCUCGGACCACACUCAGGCCGGCAACCUGCGCCGUCACCAUGACCAUGACCCCCGCCGCGGGCGAAGCGACUCGCGCGGGCGCGGGCGCAGCCGCACCCCCGCGCCACGCAGUCGCUCGUCGUCGCGCUCUACGCGGCGGUCGCUAAGCCGCGACCGCGACGUCGGCCGCGACCGUUCGUCGUCGCCGCGCGCGCGCGACGGGCGGCGGCGACCCGCUAGUCGCGGGCGCGGCUCUCGCACCCCGUCGCGCGCGCGCGACGGCGACAGCCGCCGCGCUCCGAAUUCCGCCGACGUAAUGCCGCCACCGCCGCCGCGCCGCCGCGACCGCGACCGCUCCCGGGCGCCGCGCCGCAGCCGGUCGCCGCGCCGCGGCCGGUCGCGGAGCCGCAGCCGGUCGCGGGACUCGGCCGCCUACCGCUCGAGCUCGCGCGCGCCGCCGCGCCGCGACGGUUCCGCGUACCGCGGCCGCAGCCGCUCGCCGCCGCACGACCGCUCGGAGCCGCCGCGGCGCUCGACGUCGCCGGUGACCCGCCUGCUGCGACCCGACGGCCCGGGCGACGCCGCGGUCAUGGUCAAGCUCUGCUGCGCCGUGGAGGGCGACACGCUCGCGGACGGCGAGCAGCUCGGCGUCUACGUCGUGAAGCUCGCGCGGGAGCAGGUCGAGACGCUGUCGCUCAGCUCCGUGAAGCAGAUCAUCCGCAACGCGGUGGGGGAGCGCUUCGAGGGCUUCGUCGCCGCGAAGACGAAGAAGGUGCUUCUCGUGUUGGACGGAGUCGACUACGAGUUCUCGCCGGGCAAGAACGGCGGCCUCAGCUUUCUGCUGUCCGAGGCCCUGUACUGCGACCGCGCGGCGGGCGGGCCGCCCUGCUUCGAGGCGCACCUGGUGCUCACGAAGGCCCAGGUCAACGCGGCGCUCGAGUCGGCGACGAUUUCCGUCGGCCGGCCGCGCCGCGAGAAGUUGGUCUUCAAGGUCGGCAGCGCGGUCGUCCAACGCCAGGACCUCAAUGACGCGCCCCUCACGGACAAGCUCAAGGCGUUGCCGCUGCAUGGCGUGGUCGCGGUCACCUUCGCCGACGAGGGCCGGCCGCGGGGCGCGUUGGCCGGCGCGCUCUUCUUCGAGAUCCUCGAGGAGGACCGCACGCGGGCCCCAAGCAUCCUUUCUCGCGACCCGACGAUGCCAGCCCUGGUCGUCCACUUCACGCGCCUGGACGCGCCGCUGACCUUCCAGGUCAGUGUCGCGACCCUCGGCCGCAUCUUCAGCGACUCGCAACUCGAGAAACUCGACGCGAAGCGGAGCCUCCUCUCGCAGGCCUUCGGCGUCGCCGACGCGUCGGCCGCGCAGCGCAUGCUCCCGAAUCCGUGCACCUUCGUGUGCGCGUGCUGCCCGCGGUCGAACCACACGGUCUCCGUCGUGCUCGGCGGCGCGACGGGCCCGGAGACGCCCUCCUUCUUCGACCAGGCCGACGUGCACAAGCUGUCCUCGCCCAACAACCUGAACAAGGUCAUCCAGCACACGGCCAUCCACCUCAAGCAGGCCCAGGACGCCAAGGAAGUCGUGCCCGUCGGCGACGCGGACGGCGUGCGCGACGCGCAGAAGAAGAUCGACGGCUUCGAGUACGCGCUCCUCACCCUCAAGAAGCAGGCGACGACGCUCGAGCCCCUCGCCGACGCUACCAUGCUCGUCGACGCGGACCGCGUCCCCAAGUGCUACAUCGCCGACCUCCCGUAGGACCCCUCCACUCUGUGCUCCGCUUCCCACCUUCCCCCCGGCCCCCCACUGUGUGCUUCGCUUCUACUUCGCGCUUGUAACUUAAACUGCUGCCCUC